AUGAAAAUAUUACGCGAUGUUUACAGGCAAACCUUCCCAAAGAAAUUGCGAUUCGACAAGUCUUCCCGAAUUCUUUACGCCCAGAUAUAUGUGAUAGCGAGGCGCCACAAGCAUCGGAAAUACAUACCGAAGGAGGAUAUCGAAGACGUCCUUAACAAUUACACAACGCUACCGGGAUCCCCAUGGUUACAGCUUCCGAUAAUCCGACAUGUUUUGCUGAUACGACAGAUAAAUGGGAUCCGUGGCUUCUUUGGGAAACGCUCUUGGCUUCUCAACCGGGCUGUGGAAGAGGAGUUUAACAAAAUUGUGCGGUGGAUGAAUGCGCAGGAGCAGUUAGUAUUGAGGACGGGAGCGGGUAGAUGCGCUGCAAAUCUUGUGCUCCGAGAAAAGUUUGUAAAGGAGGUACUGGACGUUUUUCACGUAGCCACGGCUUACCAACGUAUGGUGCGUGUUGGGGCCCUUUUGAUUGUUAUACUUUUACUUCUUCUUAUCGUUAUGGUAAAUGUGGAUCGUUUCGUGUACGUAUACCUGGUACACUGGUCGGGCAUGUGUCGCACGGAGGUGAUGGAGUGGUUCCGUGAGAUAACUGAGCAGCACGCCGUAGCGGAGGUGCCUCCGGCGUAUCGAAGUUUGUUGCCACCUCCCUGUGUGAUGCGUGUCGCUGAGGAUGGCCGGGUAAAGUAUGAAUUAAAAAUAGCUGAACUUGUUUCUAAGGAUGAGAAUAUCAUUGUUCUUGCGGUCCCCUGCCCACAGGUUGGGACAAAGUCGUUUUUUGCUGCACUGGGAAAGACGGUGGGGCUAUGCGAUGCUGUUCUCAUGGAGGGGGUAUCAUUUGAGUAUAUUGAUCGUAUUGCCCCUGCAUCCCUGUUUCCCCUGCGUGAUGACACAUUCCCCGCCCUUGGUGUGCAUCAUCGCUUUCUCGACAUUCUUCGUGACUCGCGUGAGCCACCGUUUUUGUACCCUGCGGGCACAGAAUUGAGCUGGUCGGCUUACUUGCAGCACCUUCUAAUUCCAUUUGAAGUCAAGUGUAUUUAUUGGCCCACAUUCUCCUCUGCGUCAAAAGGGGAGGCGCGGGUGGGUUGGGGUCGAUUGAGGGAGCUCAUUGAAAAAGUAACUGUGGAACAAGAACGAGCACAAUUAGGAGAGGAUAAGAAAGAGCUGAAGCCGUAUGUUAUUUGCUUACCGUGGACAGUGAACCAGAUAGUUAAUCUGGAGGCUAGCUUAGUUAAAUUGGGGUUUCGCGUGAGAAGGGUGUUUCCAUUGGAGUGGAUCGACCGCGACCACAUGGGCGAGCAUUUCUGUAAUUAUUACAGCCUUGUUGGGGAAUGA